AGCCUUGUUUAUAUCUAUUCUGACUCGCAAAUUGCACAAGAAAAACGAAAAAGGAUCAGAACACAAAGUGUCAUUAAGCUCCGACGGCGGCUCAUCUUCGUUGUUCUGCUUCCUAAUUCCAAUCCGAUGAAACCCAUCUCUUCCAUCCGCUAAAUUCCCCACUCUUUCCUGCUUUUUUCUGACGGUUCUUUCAAGUCUUCUGGCUGUUAAUUACUUUGUUUCAGUUUCACUUACAAGAGUCUUUAUUUUUGGCCUCACUAAUUGUUGUCCUGUUUUUGAUUAAGCGCUGAGGGGAGGAAUUCGGAUUCUGUCGGAGGUUUCUAUGAUGGCAAACAACUUAACGGGGCAACUAUUGGGCUCAGAGAUACAUGGAUUCCAUACAUUGCAGGGUAUGUACGCAUUUGAACGUUUCCAUCCCGUUCUCUCUCCAGCUACUAUCUUUCUUCAUGGUGGAGAGUUGGAUGUUGGAAUUAUUAUGGAGGAAGCAAGAUGCAGAUGGCUUCGUCCGAAUGAGAUUCAUGCCAUACUCUGCAAUCACAAAAAUUUUACCAUCCAUGUCAAGCCAGUGACCUUGCCCAAAAGUGGUACUCUUAUAUUAUUUGACAGGAAGAAGCUUAGGAACUUUCGUAAAGAUGGGCACAACUGGAAAAAGAAAAAGGAUGGGAAAACUGUUAAAGAAGCUCAUGAGCACUUAAAAGUUGGUAAUGAAGAAAGGAUCCAUGUAUACUAUGCACAUGGUGAAGAAAACCCGAAUUUUGUUCGCAGAUGUUAUUGGUUGCUUGAUAAGAAUCUGGAGCAUAUCGUCCUUGUUCAUUAUCGUGAAACACAGGAGUUGCAAGGUUCUCCAGUCACACCUGUAUAUUCAAAUGCUAGUUCUCCGUCUGAUCCAACAACACCAUGGGUAUUAUCAGAAGAAUUAGAUUCUGGGAUCAACAAGGCAUAUGCUGGCGAUCUGAAUGACAAUUUAACCGUCAAAAGUCAUGAACUGAGGCUUCAUGAAAUUAAUACACUUGAAUGGGAUGACCUAGUGGUUACAAAUGAUCUUAAUGCCUCUACCACUUCCACUCGUCCUGGAGGAAAGGCUCCAUGUUUUCAUCAAGAAAAACAAAUUUUACUGAAUGGUAAUUCGAGCACGGUAGUUGACAAACAAUCUGCAGACAUUCCUUCUUUUGAUAUUCCAAACAAUUCGAUUAAUGGGAUCAAUAGUGCUCAAUACAAUUUUCAUGAAAGUUCGAAUCUUCAGACAUUCAAUAGUCAAUCAAAUUCAAAUGUACAGAGUGAACAUUCUAUCACCAUCAGUGGUGGCGAUUUAGUGGAUAGUCUUGUCAAUGAUACUCUGCAAAGCCAGGACAGCUUUGGAAAAUGGAUAAGCAAUAUGAUAUCUGAUUCACCAUGUUCUAUUGAUGACUCUGGUCUUGAAUCCUCGGUUUCAUCUGUUCAUGAUUCAUACUCUUCAGUAUUGGAUAAUCAUCAACCUUCUCUGCCAGAACAAGUGUUUAAUAUUACUGAUGUGUCACCUGGCCGGGCAUGCUCCACUGAGAAUACAAAGGUCCUAAUAACUGGAAUUUUUCAUGAUGACUAUCUGCACCUUGCGAAGUCCAAUAUGUUUUGUAUCUGUGGGGACGUACCUGUUCCUACAGAAUUUGUUCAACUCGGUGUCUACCGAUGCUGGGUACCACCACAUUCCCCUGGUUUUGUGAAUCUCUAUAUGAGUUCUGAUGGCCAUAAGCCCAUAAGUCAAGUUGUUAAUUUUGAGUAUCGUACUACUGUUGUGCAAGACCCUGCUGCUUCUACAGAAGAGAGGUACAACCGGGAGGAGUUUCGACUUCAGAUGAGGCUUGCGUAUUUGCUCUUUUCUACACAAAAGAGUCUUGAUAUUACCUCUAGCAAAGUAUUGCCUGAUGCACUGAAGGAGGCUAAGAAAUUUGUCUCCAAGACAUCGUAUAUUUCCAAAAGUUGGCAAUACUUGAUUGAGUCAACUGAGGACCAUGAAACUCCAUUUCCACAAACAAAAGAUGCCUUGUUUGAAAUUGCAUUAAAGACUAAACUAAAGGAGUGGCUGUUGGAAAGAAUUAUUUUAGGUUGUCAGACUACUGAACUUGAUGCCCGAGGUCAAGGUGUAAUUCAUUUAUGCUCGAUUUUGGGAUAUAGAUGGGCUGUUUCAUUAUUCUCAUUGUCUGGUUUUUCAUUGAAUUUCCGUGAUAAAUUUGGAUGGACAGCCCUGCACUGGGCUGCUUAUUAUGGAAGGGAGAGAAUGGUUGCUUCUCUAUUGUCUGCAGGGGCAAGGCCAAAUUUGGUUACAGAUCCUACUCCUCAACAUCCUGGUGGAUUUACUGCUGCUUGUCUGGCUCAGAUGAAAGGUUAUGAUGGCUUAGCAGCUUAUCUUUCGGAAAAGUCUCUGGUUGAGCACCUCAAGGAAAUGAGCAUAGCAGGAAACGCAAGUGGCUCACUGGAAACUACUCGCACAAGUGAUCCAGUAAAAUCUGAGAAGUUCAAUGAGGAUCACCUAUAUAUGAGGGAUACAUUAGCAGCUUACCGGACAGCUGCUGAGGCUGCAGCGCGCAUACAAGCUGCAUUUAGAGAGCAGUCACUAAAAUUACGAUCUCAUGCAGUUGAAAUUUUCAGUCCAGAGGCUGAAGCACGCCAAAUAGUUGCAGCAAUGAAGAUCCAGCAUGCUUUUCGAAACUUUGAGACGAGGAAGUCUAUGGCAGCUGCUGCUCGCAUUCAGCAUACCUUCCGUACAUGGAAGAUGCGUAGAGAAUUUCUCAAUAUGCGUCGACAGGCAAUCAGAAUUCAGGCUGCUUUCCGGGCCUUCAAAGAGCGGAAGAACUACCGCAAAAUCAUUUGGUCUGUUGGAGUGGUUGAGAAAGCAAUCCUGCGGUGGCGUUUAAAAAGACGGGGCUUCCGUGGCCUUCAUGUCAAUCCUGUCCAAGAAGUGGAAGGUCAGCAGGAGGAAACAGAGUUUGUUACUGAGGAGGACUUUUUCCGGACUGGCAGGAAACAAGCUGAAGAACGUGUUGAGAGAGCUGUUGUGCGUGUUCAAGCCAUGUUCCGGUCUAAGAAAGCACAAGUAGAUUACAGGAGGAUGAAACUAGCCCAUAAUCAAGCAACGAUGGAACUAGAACAUGAAGAGCUCCUCAAUUCUGAGGUUGAUAUGGGAGUGAAGACAUAGGAUGAUGCAAAGACAACCCCAGAAAAAAGGUUCUUACUUUAUGGGUAUGGCUAACAAGUGAAUGAUCCUGGAAGGGAUGUUGCCUGUUGGUGCCUCGGCUGUAUAUUUUGUAGAUAUUGUUAAAUCCUAGUGUAGCUUUACAAAUUUUGACCCUUUCAAAUUGGUUUAAUUUCUUGAAUGGGUCAUCUUUGAAGCUUUGUAUGUUAUAGGGCUCUUUGGUAGAUUAUACUGAUGCUAAGAUCCAGUCAGGUCGACGUUUUUUCAGUAAACAAACCAUCAAGCCCUAGGGAGAAGAAAAAAUUAGGAGAAAAUUUGUUUCUCUUCUAAAAGGUUGCGAGAGAUCAUCUGUUAAGAACAUAGAGUUCCAGAAUUUUGUUAUUGCUAUGCGACUAUAAAACAUGCUUAUUCCCUGUUA